AUGGAGACCGAGGCCCUCGAGCGAAUCUCAGAGGCGCUUCUCACUGUCCACAAUCCACACGUCUCCAACGAUUCCCGAAGGCUUGCUCAAGAGUUCCUUGAUGCAGCCAAGCAAGAAGACGAAGCCCCUCUGUGGGGCUACCACCUCGCCAUCCGCGAACCUCCCCGGGCAGAUCAAAUCCGACACUUUGGUCUCUCGCUUAUCGACCACUCCAUCCGCCACAACUUCUCGGUCUACGACCAAACCCGCAAACUAGCCGUCCGCAACUGGGUUAUCGAGCUCACCACCCAAGUCCGUCAGACAGACGCGUACUAUCUUCGCGAGAAACUCGCCUUGCUCUGGGUUAACGUCGCAAAGCGUUCCUGGGGUGCACAGAAGGACGAGUGGAAUGACAUGGACGACGCGCUCGUGCGUAUGUGGGACAUGACUCCCGCCACGCGCGAAAUGUCGCUCAUGAUCUUCCGUGACUUGUUCGAAGACGUCUUCAUGCUUGACGAUCCUGUGGCAGGCAAGCGGUCCGGAGUACUCAGCGCGCAGUGCAUCGAGGUCUUGACUGCUGCCGCAAUCCUCGACGAAGCCUACGAUCGGCGGGACGAGUCCAUCAUCAGUCUAAGGAGCGGUGCCGACGGAUGGCUUGUCCGAUGGUCAAUGCUGCUCGGUCAAUGUCUUGAUCAAGGUGCCCAGGAUACAGAGGCCGAGUCGUUUGCCGUCAAGGUUCUGCAAAGUCUGAAAACAUGUCUGGUCUGGGUGCACCCACGCGCAAUCAGGGAGACCGAUCUGCUGGCGCGUAUAAGUCAGGCGCUGACGAUUCAGAAUGUUAAAGUCCGCACGCUGGCAACCGAUUGUCUACACAUCCUCUUCACCAGGAAUUUUGCAAAUGAGGAAGAUUUCGCGGCCGUGAUUGGCGUCGUGUUCCUAGCUCCGGGUAUCAGGACACUGUCAGAAGUCUACAAUUCCAUCCAGCUCGAUCUCGACGACUUUGACGAAGACAGCUACAUUUUAUUAAAAAAACUAGUCGAGAUGAUUGUCGGGCUGGGCGAGUACUUGAACGUUGGAGGCGAUAAGCGCAGUCGACUGCCUCCAGGCACUGAUCUGGAAGGCUACCUCGCGCUCGUGUUUUCGACUACCAUGCACGAAAGUCUCAUAAUAUCCGGUCUGUCGCUACAGUUUUGGUCUUCGAUAUUACGCGUCGAAGAACUAGCGCGGUUACCAGAAGUCAGCGCGCUGCUGCCUCGGCUGUUGGAGCUUGCGGCCGAGCGAAUAAUCAAAUACGAAGGAGUCGAGGAGCGAACGCCGUCAAAGAGGUUUUUGGAGCUCGAUUUCGAUUCUGUGCCGGAGAUGCAUUCGUUUCUGGGGAAUUAUAAACGGUUUGUUGAGGAUAUUGCGAGGUUGGUUGUGUGUAGGAUACCUGUGGACGCCAUGAUUUGGCUAGAUAUGAGACUCGACAAGUUUUUUUCUUCGUGGCAUGGAUGGCAUUCCCGAGAGUGUAAGUUGUUUCUAUGUUUGUGGUUAGGUGAUGCAAUGUUUCUGGUGGCAUAUAGUCAAUUCUCGAUUGUUGAUGCCGCGUUACGAGGUAUAAGUCGCUGGCGAGUAUGGUACCGGGAAACCGACAAGGAAGAAAAGACUGCAGUCCUGAACCCGAUCAUUGAGCGAUUUUGCGAGCGCAUGAUUUCGAUGGACGUCACGGACCCGGUUUUGCUGCGGAAGCAGAUUCAGACGCUUGUACAGUUUGCGCCGCUGAUGAAGCAUGUUUCGCAGACGAUGUUUAAAGUUUUGGAGAAGGUGCUGUAUGCGUGCACGUUUGAGUAUCCGGCUGACGCGACGGAUGAGGAUCGCGAGCUGAUUAGAGAGGUGCGGAAUAAUUGCGACACGGAGCUCAAUCGGCUGGCGUAUCUGAUGCCGGAGGCGUUGAUGGAGAUCUACUCUGAUCUGGAGCGGAUAAUCAACGACAUUAUCUCGUCCGACAAACUUUCAGACCACGAGAUUGUCUCGUUUCUUUCGUUUUUGCUUGUGAUUUCGCAGCGGUCGAACGCGCCAAACAAGGCGGAGUGUUUUGCAAAGAUUGUGGAUCCGGUGCUGAGCUGCUGGACGGACGAGGCGACGAUGAAAGGGUUGUCGCAGCUCGAGUGGUUCAUGGAGCGAGUGGGGAUAGUUGAGAUUGCAAACUAUUUCCGGUCGCGCGGAGUGGACGCGAGCACGGAUUUACUGGCGACGUCGAUGGACGAGGCGGGUAGACAGCUGAAGAUGUCGCUGCGAAACCAGUGGGCGGCGUUGUUUCCGAUUCGGGCUACGAGAAUUUUUAUACAGUAUUCGAUCGAGAAGAUUGAUCAUUCGUCGGACGAGUUUGCUCGGUUGCUGGAGUUGUGGAAGCCCAGAGUGCAGCCGAUAUUACCGCAUAUUCUACAGUUGAUUGCGCAGAUCCAUGCGUAUUGCGACCCCGCGAAUUGGGGAGACCUGCCGGCGGAAGUGAGCUCGUUCGUUCGGGACUCGUGUGAAGAGAAGUUUUGGCACGUGGGUAUUUCUCGCCAGAGCCGGGACGAGUUUGUGGAGGAAGGCGUGAAGGCGGCGAUGACGCUGCGCGACUUUGCAAACUCGCUUGGGAUGAUGCUUCGGUACACGCGCGAGUACGCGUUUCUGGCGCUGGGGUCGAUCACGCAGCUCGAGAGCACGAUGUACGAGGUUCCGGGGAUCGGACGUACGAUGUGGGCUGCGAUUGCGGGCGAGCCGCGAGGGAUCUCGUUGCAUGCUUGGAAGCAUCUUGUUGCGCUUGUUGUGCGGCCUGCGGUCAAGAACUGUCCGCCAGCGUACUGGGAGACGUUUUUGACUGAUUUCUUACCGGGCGUGCUGACGCAGCUCGAUUCGUUGCUCGAGGAACGGUGGACGAGUUUGACGAACCGGGGACUGGUGGGCGGGCAGCAGAUACAGGAAGAAGUUGAUGCGGCGGGCGAGGACGAUGCGCUGUCGGACGAGAUGACGGAGGAGUAUCAUUUGCGGCAGCUCUCGAAUGUCGUCGACCGGCUGCUGAUUGAUCUUGUUGGUCCGCUGAACAGCAGUAAGACGCUGAGCGGGUCUGUUGCGGCCGACAGCAACGGCGAUUCACAAAAGGACGGAGGAGGGUCGCCAGACAAGAAGAAGGCUGCUGAUUCACGCACGUUUGUGGUGUCGCAUCCGGUGAUUCUGGGCCCGUUUCUGUCGCUGUGUAACCAUCUGUUUGUGGUGCAUGAUACGCGGUGCAGCUACUCGUGCGCGAUGAUACUGAGGCAGAUGAUUCCGGUGAUGAUCGGGCGGUAUCAGGAGGUGGACGACUUUCUGUGUGACGUGGUGCUGCCGUCUUGUCUGCGGGUUCUUGGCGAUGCGUACUUUGCCGACGUAGCCGGCGAGGCGUCGUAUGUGCUGACGAUGAUCUACACUGUUCUACGGGGACGGUACGACCGGCCGCUGAAGAAGAUGAUGGAGCUCAACCCCGCGAUAGGCGCGGAGGAGAUGAUGGCGCUUGAGCGGGAGCUUGCGGGCGUGAAGACGCUACGGCAGCAGCGCGGGGUUAUGAUUGAGUUUCUGGCGGUGAUCAAGGCGAUUCCCGAGGGUCCCGAGGGCGAGGUCGCGCGGCGGAUUGCGCGGGUGAAGAGAGAGCGCGAGAGCCGGCAGCAGCAGCAGAGCAAGUGGACUGUUUCGCGGAAAGAGGCCGAGCAGGUCGAGGCGGUCGAUAGCGUGCUUGCGGACGGGGGGCUGGUUGAUUUGUUCAACGAGGGCCAGUGA